AUGAUGUCCAAACGACAAGCCGAGCUGCCCCUCGAGGAUGGAACUACAGUGGGCUCGCCCGCUCCGAAAAAGGCCCGCGUGGAAGACGACAACCUGCCAGAAGACGACCCGCGCCAUGGGGCCUUGCCGUUUCGGCGAGCUAGCGGCCAGGAAAUGGAGGACCAUGAACGCCAUGGCCAAGAUAUCCUAGCAGCGGCAGACCGAGAAGCGGAGGAGCUUGAAGAAGCAGCGCAAAUAGAGGAGGAGAUGGACGGCAGCGAAGACGAUCAAGACGAUGACCAGCCCGCGAUCGUGGCUCCCCAACGGCAAAGCGCCCCGAUGGAGGGAUACAGCGAUCUCUACCUCGAUACGAUUAAUCGCCAGAUUCUGGAUUUUGACUUUGAGAAACUGUGUUCCGUCAGCUUGUCAAACAUCAACGUGUAUGCUUGUCUUGUUUGCGGCAAAUAUUUUCAGGGCAGAGGGCCCAAGUCGCAUGCCUACUUCCAUGCCCUCGAGGUUGGACACCAUGUUUUCGUCAAUAUGAGCACCAAAAAAGUAUACGUUCUGCCGGAGGGAUACGAGGUCAAAAAUAAGAGCUUGGAUGAUAUCAAAUACGUUGUCGAUCCAUACUAUACCAAGGAGGAGGUGGGCAAGCUGGAUAAGGAGGUCACAGAUGCUUUUGAUCUUUCAGGGAAGCGCUAUAGACCAGGAUUUGUGGGUAUGAACAAUAUCAAAGCAAACGACUAUCUCAACGUCGUGGCCCAGUCACUGGCCCAUGUUCUCCCGAUACGCAAUUAUUUCCUGCUUCACGAGUUUCCCCAGCCUGGGACACCUCAGCUGGUUUUGCGCUUUGGUACACUCGUCCGCAAGCUCUGGAACCCUAAAGCUUUCCGGUCUCACGUAUCACCACACGAACUCUUACAGGAGAUUGCCUUGCGGUCAUCAAAGCGAUUUACCCUGACCCACCAGUCAGAUCCCGUGGAUUUCUUAUCUUGGUUUCUCAACAAUCUUCACCUUGCACUCGGGGGCUCCCGAAAACCAUCAAAGACGCCAACAAGUGUCGUCCACGCGGCCUUCCAGGGCCACCUACGGAUAGAAAGCCAAGCCAUCACUGCGCACUCAGACACACAGAACGCCCGCCUAGUUUUCACCGAAUCAGGCACCAUCAACAGCCAAACAACACCCUUUCUCAUCCUUACCCUCGACCUCCCCCCAACGCCGCUCUUUCAGUCCGCAAACAGGGAAUCCAUCAUCCCCCAAGUUCCCCUAACAACCCUCCUUAACAAAUAUAACGGUAUCACCGCCUCCGAGAAGCUCGCACAACGAGUCCGCCAUCGCCUCCUUCACCCACUACCUCCUUACCUCAUGUUCCACAUUAAACGCUUCAGCAAAAACCGCUUCGUCUCCGAGCGCAACCCCACAAUUGUCACAUUCCCCUCCCCGCGCUCUCUUGACAUGUCCCCGUACGUAGAACCCAACCCAGCUGUCUGGCCCCCGGGCGAACCAAUCCUUUACGACCUCGUUGCCAACAUCAUCCUCGACCCCACAAUCUCUGCCCCAGGGGGAACCGAAGACGCCGCAGAAAAGGGCGUCAAUGCAGCCUCAGGCGGCGCUGGUGCGGGCACGGAGAAAGUCUCGUGGCUCGUCCAGCUGAAUGAUAAGGCAAUGGCCGCUGAGAAUGCGCGAUUCCAGAGCGAGCAGCAUACUGGGGAACAGCGGGGCCCGGAGUGGCUUGAGAUCCAGGAUCUGUUUGUUAAGCGCGCAGAGAGUGAGACGCUUUUUACCAAGGAGGGGUAUCUCAUGAUCUGGGAACGGAGGAGGGUUCCCGGAAUGGCGGGAAAGAAGGCAAAGGCUACUGCUAGCUAG